CCUCGUUAGCUGACAGCCGCCUUUCGUGACGCUCCACCUGGAGUCCCAGUGUGUUGACACCAGCCACAUGCUCCAUUGUGGCAGAUGUCCAUUUUUUAAAGCGCAUCACCGAUGACAACCCAUGCAUUUCUGACAUUUGGAUUUUACUCACAGCAGCCACCUCCAAGUCUGUAGCCGGGACCAGGAGGCAGCAUGACCAUGAAGUUGUUUGUCCUCGGCUUCCUCCUUCUGUGGAUCUCCUCUUCGAGGGGUUUGGAGAACAAAGCAGACAAAAGUGACUUUGUGUCCUUGGCUGAGAUGGAGGACGCUCUACUGACCAACCUUUUCCAGGGUUACCAGCGCUGGGUCAGGCCAAUCCUACGUGCUAAUGACACGAUUAAAGUUCGCUUUGGACUCAAGAUCUCGCAGCUGGUUGAUGUGGAUGAGAAGAACCAGCUUAUGACGACAAAUGUUUGGCUCCGUCAGGAGUGGAUUGAUUACAAGCUCAGAUGGAAUCCAGAAAAAUAUGGAGGAAUCACUUCCAUCAGAGUUCCUUCUGAAAAUAUCUGGCUCCCAGACAUCGUUCUCUACGAAAAUGCUGACGGGCGAUUUGAGGGCUCCCUUAUGACCAAAGCCAUUGUCAAAUACAAUGGUCUCAUAACAUGGACGCCUCCUGCCAGCUACAAGUCUGCCUGCACCAUGGAUGUUACCUAUUUCCCUUUCGACCGCCAGAACUGCACGAUGAAGUUUGGCUCCUGGACGUAUGAUGGUAACAUGGUGGACCUGCUCCUCAUGGACACUCAGGUGGACCGCAAAGACUUCUUUGACAACGGAGAGUGGGAAAUCCUCAAUGCCACAGGUGCCAUAGGAAACAGGAAGGAUGACCUGUAUUCAUACCCCUUCAUCACAUACUCUUUUAUUUUGAAGAGGCUUCCGCUCUUCUACACACUCUUCCUCAUCAUUCCUUGUCUGGGUUUGUCUUUCCUCACAGUCUUGGUGUUUUAUCUUCCCUCAGAUGAGGGAGAAAAACUCUCACUUUCAACCUCUGUCCUUGUGUCACUAACUGUGUUCCUCUUGGUCAUCGAGGAGAUCAUCCCCUCCUCUUCGAAGGUCAUUCCACUGAUUGGAGAGUACCUGCUCUUCAUCAUGAUCUUCGUCACGCUCUCCAUCAUCGUCACCGUCUUUGUCAUCAACGUCCACCAUCGUUCCUCAGCGACUUAUCAUCCCAUGUCACCGUGGGUGCGCAGUCUCUUCCUCCAAAAGCUUCCCAAGAUGCUGUGCAUGCGUGGACACAUUGACCGCUACCACUACCCUGAGCUGGCUCCAGACAGCCCUGAGCUGAGGCCUCGCUCUGGGGGACAGAGAGGAGGCCAAAGGGGCACAGGCCACGGACCGACACCGUCUGAGGGAAAGGAGGACGAAGCCUGGCCCGCCAUGUUGGAGAAGGUGGUCGGUUCAGUGAGAUACAUCAGCAGACACAUACAGAAGGAGCACUUCAUCCGAGAGGUGGUUCAAGACUGGAAGUUCGUGGCCCAGGUGUUAGACCGGAUCUUUCUGUGGGCCUUCCUCACUGUCUCCAUACUGGGCACCAUCCUCAUCUUCACCCCAGCUCUGCAGAUGUUCUUAAAAAUUCCACUUACAAAUGCAAGUUACAGUCCUCCUCUACACUAGAACCUAGAACAUCAUAAUUAAAUGAAACUCUUUGUUUUGAAUGAGGGAACAAGCUAAGAUACAGUGUUUCUAGACUUUAGCAGGUUUCAAACAUUUUUUAGUUUAUUUUUUAGUAAAUUGACUUUUAAACAUUGACUGCUUUUGUUUUACAGUAUUCACACAUGACAGAAAUACUCUGCUGUGUAAUUUCAUUGCAUAACUGAAGCACAAAACAGCACUGUCAGUUCUUUAUUUUAAUGUUGUCGUUGAAUUAUAUCAACAGAAGCAACAAAAAUUAAACAAAAAUUGAUUGGGGCCAUGCACGUGUAAUGCAAAAUAUGUAUGUAAAAAUAAUCUCCAAAUCCGUGUCUGAUUAAAACAAUUAAAUACUACAACAUGUUACCUUCUUGAAAUGCACUGUAUUUAUAUAUGUCCAGAUCUAUUUUAACACAUCAAAUAAAUCUAUUCGAAGUAAAAUCAUUGUUUUUCUGCAUAAUUAUGAUGUUGUUUCGUGAAACGAAAUUUUUGUCAGUCAUCAAACCAAAUU